AUGCCUCUGUCCCACCUCACCCUGACCGUCUCCCAUCUGCCGACCUCCACCUCCUUCUUCCUCUCCUGCCUGCAGCCGUUAGGGUACCAAUUCAUCGGUCGCCAUGAUGAUUACAUCGGUUUCGGUCAGAACUCGGGCGAGCCGGCCGAUUUCUGGAUAACCGAACAAAAGCCAGGUUCUCCAGCGGGCGCUGCACAUGUUGCAUUCCCUGCGCCUUCGAAGGAUGCGGUCGGGGCUUUCUUCAUCAACGCAUUGAAAGCCGGAGGGAAGCUCCAUGGUGAGCCCAAGAUGCGCGACGCGGAGUCCGGGUAUUAUAGUGCAGCCAUCAUCGACUUCGACGGCAACAGCAUCGAGGCUGUGUACCGUCCAGGGGCCGCCUCGGUUGCCCGGUCAGAAGUCAGCGCACCAUCCAUUGGCCUGCUCGAGAAUGGCUCCGUGGUGUCCCGCGCGAGCACAAAGGUCAGCUCGGUCAAGGCUCCUAGCGUGGCCCCCUCCACCAGAUCAGAUGCCAAGUCGUAUGUCUCAAGAGCCACGACCGCUGUCGAGCGAGGUGCGCCGUCGGAGCGAGGGAUAGCGCCGUCGGAGCGGAUGGCGCCAACGGUCAUCUCUCGCGAGAUCCAUCAACCCGCUCCAUCCCCCACCUACAUUGUACAUCAUACGACCCAGCAGACGACAGAAAAGAAGGACGAUAGCACGGCCAAGACGAUCGUUGGCAGUCUCCUCGGAGCGGCUGCAGGCGCAGCGAUUGCGUACGCAAUGACCAAGUCCGACUCGCCGACCACCACUUCGGAGAUGACCCCCCCUCCGCAGUAUUCACCCCGUGACAUCGCGCAGCUGAUCAUGCCCUCGCCGUCAUCACAAGCGCCGUCGGCUGCUCAAGAAUACCAGGGCCUCCGGGCCAUCGAGGCGCCUCCUGCGAGAAGCACGUACUCGCGGUCAGAUGCGCGCUCGACUUUGUCUCGCAGCGUCUCGUCCAAGAAUCCUCGGGCGAGCACAAUAUACGAAGGCACGGAGUUCAUCCAUCCGCGCGGGGACAACGGCAGCGUGUAUCUCGAUGAGAACGGGCGCCGCACGUCGGAAGGGAGCGUCUACAGCACAAGGGAGCUUCCCCUGCGAGCGAUCGAGUACCCGCCCCCGGCCCGCUCGAACACAUACCCCAGCAACGCCAGCACCCUCAUCAGCAGUUUCCCGGACCGGUCCCGAGCGAUGGACAACCAGAGCGUCUACUCCGCGUCGACGGCCAAGCCCUCCAAGGCCAGCCACCAGGAUGAUCACCGCUCCACGCAUUCCUCGGCGCGCCAGUCGUCACAUCACUCCGCGGCCCGCUCCCAACUCGGCAGCACGGCGUCAUCGAAUCGCACGGCGCGCCAGAUCCCUCUGCCCGAGGGCUCCGUGGCGUCGUUCGCCACGUACCGCACCGCGGCCAAGUCCAGCGCGUCUUCCGCGCGCGACAUCCCGCUCCCGGAGAGCGUCAUCGACUUCGAUGUCCAGACCCACGUCACGCCCGACGACUCGAUCAGCCAGAUCGACGUGUCCCGACGAUCCUCGUACUCCCAUCAAUCGCACCACUCCAAGGCCCCCUCGCACGUGUCGCGCCGCUCGAGCAAGUUCGACGAGCCCGUUCGGCCCAGCGACAGCGUCAGCCAGGUCUCGACCAAUGUCUCCAAGUCGUCGCAACGGACCGUCAAGGCCAGCGGAAGUAUCGCAGGAGGGGGCUCGCGGGCUCCGUCCAAGGUCAGCAGCCGACGGGGCAGUCAAGUUGCUUAA